AUGACCCUAGAGGCGCGAAACGAUCUGUUCAUGUGCAAAACAUUUCCUUCCAGUCUGACGGGAGUAGCUCUAGAAUGGUUUAAGAAUCGGCCAUGCAAAUCAAUUUCAAACUUCGAGACAUUGUGUAUUGCAUUCUUAGCCCAGUACUGCGGAAACAAGAAACAGAAAAAGGCCAUUGCCAGUCUUUUCACAAUCCAGCAAAUAAAGGGGAAGGCCUACAAACCUUUCUCACUCGGUUCAAUAUGGAAUCCUCGGGCAUGCCGUAUUACAACUAAGAUAGCCAUGGUACAAGGUACAUGUUUUCAUUCUUCACUGGUGAAAAAGACUCUGGCUAACAUGUCAGAGUUGAAUUCAAGAGCGCAAAACUACAUCAGAUUAGAAGAGAACGAAAUGACAAUGCAGCAAAGAGCGACUCUGGUCACGGUAAAAAUUCGACCGAAGAAGCACCUGAGCACCUCAAGAGCUCAACGGGAACCCCCGAGCAUUGAAGGAAGAGCCCUAGAGAAAAAGUCUCAAAUAAUUGAGAAGGUAACACCUUUCAAAGUAACGCUAGCCAGAUUGUAUCAGGAGACUAAGGGUAGGAACAUUUUCCAAAUCCCUCCACCAAUCAGACAGCCGAUGGAAUAG